AUGAUCAAGUCUAUGUUGUCUUUCUCCCUUCUCCUCCUCCUUUCCUCCUGCCUGUCUCGCCCCAUGUCCUCUCAAUCCGAUAACUCGGAUCUCCUGUCAUCUCGCGGUAAUCUCGAGCACUCCCGCCCUGCCGACCAGCGCGUCGCUCCUCUCCCUCGCUUCCUGGCGCUUCCGCCUCGCCUCGUGGAUGUUGCUCAGGCACUCUGCUCCGUCGCUGCGUACCGUGACCCUCCAGUCUGCCUUGGCUCCCAGGGUCUCCGUGCUGCGGAUCUCGGGUCUUCGUCGAGCCGCGCUUGGGUAGGCGACUGGCAAAGGAGGCAGACUCCGAACUUUGGAAGUCACGUGGCUUCCAAAGUUCAGUCUGAUAGGUUUCCGGAACUUCGGAAGUCACGAGUGACAGGACUCGGGGAACUCGAUGCGGCCCUUACAACAGCCAUUGGCCGCAGGUUCGAGGUGCCGGGGCAUCACGGCGUCCGGCUAUCCGAGUCACCCGAGUCACGUUGCCGUAUCUUGGCCUAUCUUGGCAGUCACGGGAUCCGCGGGGCGGCCCUGCAGGCCGCCGGACGCCCAGCGGCCCAAGGGCCAGUGACCGACGGUACGUUCCUUCUUUUCGCGACGAAUUUGCUCAAGCCUCUGUUCUUUCAGUACCUUGAGAUUCUCAACAGCUUUCAAGCGCCCAAGUUGCGACCGCAUGGCCUCUUCCGCUUCUUCGACAAGGUGAUUGAAGUUCUCCAUGCUCUGCUGCGAGAUUCCACCGGCGAAGUUGUCAUGGGUUUGGCGCUCUUGCAAUUCCUUCGUCUGGAAUUCCAGCUGAAGCUACGGAUAUGCCAGCAAGUAGUGACUUGUAAAGUCGUCGGGCAAGGAAACAUCUGA